AUGUUACGCGCCUCUACGGAACGCCUCAAUCCGCUUCUGAGCCACGUAGCGCAUAGCAACCAAAAGAAUCAGAAGCUUCACCUCUCUUCCGAUGCGCAACAAAAAAUUGCUGCUCUCAGCAAGAAAAUAAAGGACGUAACCGACCUGGAGGGGUCAAAGCACACCACAUCCGCGGGGAAUGUAGGUAAGAAAGGGGCAAAAAACGCCAUGAAAGUCGUUCGAUCUUUACCUGACAACAAGGUCCAAUCACCUGUUGCAGCAACAAAUCAGCAGAAAAACCCAACUCCUGCUCACAGGUCCAAACGGUCGGUUGCUGCUAGUCACUACAAUGUUGGCGCAGCAAAUAAGGUUCCUCAACGUGAUGAUGUAGAUCGUAGCGAUACACCUCAGCGUCUCAAUACGUUGGACAUCAGCGCUGCUGACUUCAAUUCAUUGCCACUGGAUGUACCUGGAAUACGACUUGCACAAUGCAAUAAAGGCGCAGCAACUAUUGCAGUACAAACCACGAAGGACACGCCAAGGCGAAUUAGCUUGCAGGAAAAGGUACAGCAUAUGAAAGAAUCUGGAUAUGACGGCAUUGUCGACAUUAAUUCGCUAUUUUCAGUGUCUAACCAGAUUUUCCAUGACGAUGACAGCAUCUCGUUCAACACGGCUGGCGCCGACUUCUCUUCGUUGGGCAUUCACAACACGGGGCUCAUACAAGCGUUGGCUAAAAAGGGUAUAACUAAAGCGACAUCCACACAGAGCAAGUAUAUCCCGGAUAUAUCGUCAUUCUUGUCUACUAACGAAGGUGAAUAUGCGCCACUUCGCUGCAUGUCUAUCCAUGCGCCGACGGGUUCAGGGAAAACGUUGGCUUAUUUGUUGCCGCUUUUGCAGCGCGUUUUGCAUCUGGAAACUACACUUCCACCACCUUCAUCUGACGGCGCCGUUAAUGUGGACGAUGUGAUACGUUCGGUGGGUUCGUUGUUGAGUGAGAAUAUCUUUGUUCUCGCCCCAUCCGUAGAGCUCUCCGUUCAGAGCCACAUGGUUUGUAAGGAACUGUACAAAGCCUAUGACAACAACCCCGGUGAUGAUAUAAUUACGGAUUCAGCUGCACCAAAGAAGGCGUCAUCGGCGCCUAUUUCACGAAACCUGUUUAGUGUAAUUGGUGCCAAGAUCCUCGGCAAAAUUACAGGUGCAAAGCCAGGUCAGCCCAAUCUUGAACAUGCUGCAGAUUCAAGCGAUCAAGCUGCAACAGAAGACUCAAAGGAUGCUGUUGAAAAUGGCGCCAUGGAGAUUUCAACUGGCAGCAGCGGACCAAAGCUUAUCUUGGAUGCUGAAAUAAGGCCCAUCCUGCUGAUUGGCAACGCCAACGUCGCAAACCAGAAACGUGCGCUAAAGGAACUGCGUAGCAAGCAGCAGGCUAUGCGUAGUGAGGCUAUUGCUGCCAUAAGGGCAUUAUAUAGUCCGGGGGCAUCGGCUGCUGCCGGGGACCAGUCGCAACCGCUAAAGCUACGCCGUUUGGUUGGAGUCAUGUUCGCCACUCCAGGUCGUGCCCAUUCGCUUAUGAAUCAGCACAAGUCUAUUGACCUGCAACGCACCAAGUACUGCGUGCUGGACGAGUACGACAGCUUCCUGCAUGUUAAGCGGCCAUCCGGGUCAGCAUCAGUGGCGUCACCCACCGAAAUCGAAAACCCGAAUGUGAAGGCGGUAAUAGAUGCGAUUCUCUCUGGCCACCAAGGAAAGCAGCCACCUGCAGAAAGUAGUCCCGUAAAAGACCAAACUGGUAAAUAUGUACUGUGCCUCUCGGCCUCAAGGCUGAAGGAUGCACCGUCAUCUUUUGGCAAGCUUUCUACGUUGACUACGGAAGGUGUUGUAGGAGAUGCCGCAGAUAAAGAGACAGACACCCUCGAAGGUAGCGCUUCGGACGACAUUCAGGCUGACUUAGAGGACGUCGACACCGAGGCCAAUGCGACUCCUCCUCGGAACAUCCUGCACACUAUGGCGUUAUACAGCGUCCCAGAUGCGAAGCUAGCGCUGCUACGUAAGAUUCUGCAAGCACAUCCGUAUGACAAGUCGGCGCUGGUGUUCUGCGACUCGAACGGAACGGCUCAGUUUUUGGAAUCCUACUUGCGGGGAAAGUUCCAGGCGGCGGACAUCACUGUGUUGAACUGUCGGCAGGGAAAACUCGCGAGGAAGCUUUCAUUUCAUAGCGUGCUGCAGUCCAACGCCGCCGGCGCCUUAGGGGCAGCAGGAAAACGCCGGAAGGGUGGUGGCACGCCCUUGCGAAGCGUGGUGAUAUCGAACCAGCUGAAUUCGCGCGGGAUUGACUUCAGCGGGUUCAGCCACGUGAUCCACUACGAUCUGCCGCACGACGUGACGUCCUAUGUGCACCGCAGCGGUCGCAUUGGUAGAGCUGGCAAUCCUGGAAUAAGCAUAUCGCUGGUGGAAUCUCGGCACCUUCCGGUGUUCCGUCGUGUUAUCUGCAAUCGGCUGGGUGCUGCUGUGCACAACGUGGAGGUGUUCAAGGGCCAUUUGUGCCGUCACCCACUGGUGUAG